CUCGGAUGCUUGCCUCGCUCGCCAAAGCGGGCAAAGAGGAGGGCGGCGGCGGCUUGCCUGCUCGCUGCGUGGGGGCUUCUUCUUCUCCUUCUCCUUUUACUAUAGAGGCGCCAAGGGGCAGAGCGACGCCAUGUCGGGCCUCUUCCCGCUCUGAACACAUAGAGCGGCCCCAUAGAGCCUGGCACGGGAAGCUCAGGCUGCGCGCGACUCUCCCCGCUUCUUACAUCUUCCACUUCCUCACGGCUUGUUCGUGCGGGCUGGGCACACGAGGGGUAGGAUGGCGGAACACCUGCGGAAGAAGCCUUGCGAGAGCUCAUAGGCCAGCUGGGAGAAGGAUCCCGGGGCGGGAGAGCGCCGGGGGUCCCGGUCACGCGGAGGCCUCGCUCUUCCGUGUCAGCAGGUCUUCACGGCCCCUCGGGAUGGCCCUCAACAAAUCCAUGCACGCAAGAAACCGGUACAAGGACAAGCCGCCUGACUUCGCUUAUCUGGCAUCCAAGUACCCAGAGUUCAAACAACACGUACAAAUAAAUUUGUCCGGAAGAGUGAGUGUAAACUUCAAGGAUCCAGAAGCUGUGAGAGCCCUGACAUGCACACUGUUGAAAGAAGACUUUGGACUUCAAAUUGACAUACCAUUAGAAAGGCUUAUUCCAACUGUUCCCUUGAGACUUAACUAUAUCCACUGGGUUGAAGAUCUGAUUGCUCAGCAAGAUGCUGCUGCUAAAGGUUCAGUUAUAUGGGGAAUAGAUAUAGGUACAGGUGCAUCUUGUAUUUACCCAUUACUCGGUGCAACUUUGAAUGGAUGGUAUUUCAUUGCAACAGAAGUGGAUGAUGUGUGUUUCAGCUAUGCCAAGAAAAACGUGGAGCAAAAUAACUUAUCUGAUCUUAUAAAAGUGGUUAAAGUACCACAAAAGACUCUCCUGCUAGAUGCCUUAGAAGAAGAGUCUGAAGUUAUCUAUGAUUUCUGUAUGUGCAAUCCUCCCUUUUUUGCCAAUCAGCUAGAAGCAAAGGGAGUAAAUUCCCGUAAUCCGAGAAGACCACCUCCUAGCUCAGUCAACACAGGAGGAAUUACUGAGAUCAUGGCUGAAGGAGGAGAGCUAGAAUUUGUCAAGAGAAUCAUCCAUGAUAGCCUGCAGCUUAAAAAAAGAUUACGGUGGUACAGUUGUAUGCUCGGAAAGAAGUGCAGCUUGGCACCACUGAAAGAGGAGCUUCGCAUCCACAGAGUACCUAAAGUCACCCACACUGAAUUCUGUCAAGGUCGUACCAUGAGAUGGGCAUUGGCUUGGAGCUUCUAUGAAAAUGUCAAAGUGCCAUCACCGCCUUCGAAGAAAAGAAAACUUGAAAAGCCUCGGAAACCAAUUACAUUCCUGGUCUUAGCAUCUACAGCCAAAGACUUAGCUACCAAAGCUUCAUCUGUGGGAAUAAAUGCUGUUGAAGGGAUGGCAGUAGUAGCAACAUGGAUUAGAAAACUUCUUACAGACCUGAAGGUUCAGUAUAAAAGCCUUCCUUGUGGAAAAGAUGAAGUCAGCUUGUUUCUAACAGCUCUAGAAAACUCUUGGAUUCAUUUAAGGAGAAAGAAGAGGGAUAGAGUCAGACAACUACGUGAACUUCCUCGCGCAUCUGUAGAUUUCCUUCAAGCCACAGAAGAAAAGAACCAGAAAAAAUUAAGUGACAUCAUAGAGAUUGGAGGAAACAAAGGUGAAACCACUGAAAAUGUAACUGUGGUGCUUAGUCAUGACCUUGAAUCACCAGAGGGUGAUGGACUUAAUAGUGCACUUGCCAUUAAAGAGGGAAACAUCCAGGAACACACUGAAAACAACAGCAGAGAAGAACCGGCACCUGUUUUAGCAGGAUUGGAAGAUUCCAGUAAUGAAAAGGAGUCCAAGUCCUUGGCCACUGAUAGUCAAGUUAUUGAGACUGGACAGAGUGCCAUCACCUCAAGUGAAUGGUUCCUUUUCAAGUGUGUGUUAAAUGUGAAGAAAGAAGGGCCUGAUUCCUUAAUAGAAAUGCACUGGAUCGAGGGACAGAACAGAGACUUAAUGAACCAGCUGUGUACCUACCUAAAAAACCAAAUGUUCCGAUUGGUCACAACUUAAAUACAUAUGGGAGUGAGGGAGAUUACAUUAGUUUUAUUUUGGCAGUCUUGCUUUUGUGUUUAAUAUAUUUUAUGAUGGCAUUGCUUUGAAGGUAACUAUUUUUAAACCCUUUUGGAGUGUGAAGCUCUGAGGAUUUAUACUAGAAUUUAAAAAUUGGGUUGGCUCCAGACCUUGCAUUUAGUUCCCAUUGAAAUCAGUGGAACUUAAGUCAGGACUAACUUAUUUUAUUGAUUUCAAUAAGUCCUAAGGGCAACUAAUUCAGUCUUGAUCUACCCCCUUUGUGUAACAGAAUUUGAAUAUUUUAGCUAAACUACAUACUUUUAGAAAGCACCACUGCACCUGCCUUUGAAAAGAUAAUGCUAUGGUGUAUUCCUUGUUUGCUUCUCCAUCUGCUUUAGAAUUGUUCCACAAUAGUUUUUUAUGUGUACCCUGCCUCCCUUGACAAUUUCCUCGUAAAUACUCCUGAAUCUUGGAUAGCAAUGUAAAGAGGUAUUUUCCUACAUAAUGCAGGUCCAGCUUUGAAAGAAUGGGAAUUGGACAAAGAUGCCUCUGGUGUUCUUUUGCCAUAGAAUUGUGAAAAUCAAUGUGCGUAGUACUCUAAUGGAUCUUGAUGAUAAACAAAUUAUUUUUUUUAAAAGAAAGUAAGUUCAAAUGCAUUGAGAGCAAAACCAGAGUGAGUACAGUUUUUCAGUACCUCAGCAUUGCCACCAGUAUUUUACAUAAUACAAAUGACAAACUAAGGCUACCAUCAUACGCCUGGGAGUAAGAUCCAUUGAAACCAUUGACAGUGUUCAGAUGACCAUUUUUUGGUUUAAUAACAAGAACAGUACUGUAUACUGUUGUUUUUAUAUUUUUUGAUGGUUUUAAAUUUUGUAUACUUUUUAAUGUCCACUGUUUUUUAACUUUUGUAAACUGCCCAGAGAGCUCUGGCUAUGGGGCGGUAUAUAAAUUUAAUAAAUAAAUAAAUAAGAUCUGAACAAAGCUUUUUUCAAAGCACAUAAGCCUUUUCUUUUUCUAAGAAAGCAAACAAACCAGGAAGUCUUCCAUUAACUAUAGUUUCCUGUUUUUUCUGAACCAGGAAAUUAUAGUUACGAGCUUCAGAACAAGCUAAACCAUGUUUUGAAGUUGGCUUAAUACCCAGGCUUGUUCUGAAGCUGAUAACCAUGGUUUUCUGGUUUGGGCAAAAUGGGAAACUGUAACUGAAGAUGUCUUGGUUUGUUUGCCAGCUUGCAUAAAGGCAUUAUAUGUGCAUCCAAAAGUCCCUGUUCAUAUCUCAGCUUAUUAAGACAAAAUAACAUCUGAAAUCCCCCAGUGAGACUUGCUUCUGCAUAGUCAUGCAUAGGAUCAGACUGUAUAUACUCUCCCAAACAACCUUUUUGUGAAUUACAUCUGUGAAAUGGUUAUCAGAUGCAGAAGGUAGAGGGUUGUUUUUAGAACAACAAGAGAAGAAUUUCUUUAAGGCUUUGUGUUUUCACUACUUUUUGGUGCAAGAAGCUGAUGGAGAAGCUUCUUGCACCGUUGAUGGGGCUUCUCUAUGUCCCCAAGAAUAAUUUUCUACAGUGGUACCCAAAAAUGUUCUGAACUGUUAAUAGUAAAUAGUACAAAGUGUAAAUAGUACAAAGGAAGCAAACACUUCGCAUAUCAUUCUGUUCCACUGAAUAUUUAUGAUUCUUUAAGUUUUCAGUUUUCAAGAUCCUUACUCUCUGCAGGAUACAAAGUGGUCAGACAAAAUCUGAAAUUCUAGGAGAUGGAAUUAAAGGCCCCAAAGAAAGCAAAAAUCAAAGGAAAGAGGUAUUUGAUAUUUGGGGAUUAUAAUACCUAGAUGUAUUGCAGACCUAGUUGAUAAUAAUUUUGACCCCUUGAUUAAGAAUCAAUAAGAUACAAAAAGGUGGUUACAGGUUAGGAAGAGUUGGAGCAGUUAAAAUUAAGAGAUUGCUUUACAUUUUUUUUUCUCUUUCUACUAUUGCCUUUAGAAAUCUUUCUCGUUAAGAUAAGAACCAUGUAAACAAACAUUAAUAACUUUAUCCCAAAUUAUUAUGUAACUAGAGUUACUUAUAAAGUUACUGGGAAGUUUGAAGGAUGAAUGAAAAUGAAAACUUUAUGCAAAACCAUCAAGUGAUAUUGACAACCAUUAGACCAUCUACAUGUUUGCAUAAAACAAUAAACCAGAAUUCUAGAAAAUCCUGGCUUAUUGUUCACAUGCAAGUGCACAAUAUGUAAUUGUUCUCAUACUUCGCCUUCCAGUGGAAAUGGCUAAACAAACCAAGAACUUGCCAGCAAAGACUUGUCAUUCCUAAGCAAGCCAAGAUACAAGAACAAACCCUGGUUUGCAAUUCCAGUUUGGUGCUAUUUCCUUGUUGGCAAAUUCCUGGUUUGUUUAGCUGCUCCUGCUGGUGGGAGGAGCCAAGUGCAGAGGGUUGGCAGGAGGAGCACCACACACCACCAUGAUAUUCAUGAACAAUAAACCAGGAUUCUUUGGAAUGCUGGCUUAUUGUUUUGUGUGAACAUGGUCACUGUGUGGUAGACUCUAAUGGGAGUAUAACUUAAUGUGGGGAGGCCGAAGAAGAUAAUAUAGCAUUCCUGUUAAUGGAAUGGAUGUGGCUUCCAAAGUUAAAUCAGAGGUUUAUGUAGGUUAAUGCAAUUUCAUCACCAAUGUACAGGCAAGUUUAAACAUGUAUGAGUACCUGGCAUCUCUCUGUAUUAAUUGAAAACAAUUUUAGAGAAGCUAAACAAUUAGGUAAGGUUAAUUUCAGUUGAAACAUAAUUUGUUAAGAGAGGAAAACUUGGGUACAUUUGAAGCAAUAUUAUUCUUUCAAUUUUAAAGAUAGUUGUGUUCAAAAUAUAAAAGCUGUUGGCUGGGGGGGGGGAGAUUAAAUAAAAAUCUCCAAAUUAAUACCAGUAGUAAAUCAAUGGAACUUCAUAUAUGUAUAUAACUACUAGAAAAAUAUGUACAAUCUGUUGUACCACCCAUCUAUUCAAAUUCAUAAGAUACAUCAGUUUGCUGGAAGUGUAGUAAGAGUGGUACUGAUUUUAAACAUGGUGGACAUCUAUGAAUGGAUGUAAAUGAAACAUUCCAAACAAUUCUGGGAUGGAUUGAAAAAUAAGUAGACACUAUAGAACAACCCUCCAGGAAAGGCUGCUUUACAGAGUUUGCAAGUUAGUGUCAUAUUUGAACUGGACAAAUCCAUACUGCCUCUGAUACCUCCCUAUAUACACCAGUUGCUGGGGAACAUGUGUGGGAAGGUGUUGUUGCAUCUGUGUCCUGCUUGUUGGUCCCUGGUCUACAGCUGCUUGGCUACUGUGUGAACAGAGUGCUGGACUAGAUGGACCCUUGGUCUGAUCCAGCAUCAGGGCACUUCUUAUGUUCAUAUUAAAAAGUCAAGUAAUAUUUAAUAUUACAACAUGGAUAUUACAUAGAGUAGAUUUGACUUUGUGUUAAGCUAGCUGAUCCUCUGUUUGAUAUAUAAUGUAAUAUUGCUUUUUAAAUUCAUAUUAUUUUUUUAAACAGCUUCUGGUUUUUCUGGUGAACAAUUAAUCUAUAUUAUUUUCUCAUGCUCUGCUGCCAUCUGUUGCACAAAUCAUGUAAUUGCAGCCGUUUCUUCACACACUGCUGCCAUCUGGUAAACAGAGGCUAAAAACAUUUUAUAGGCACUCUCCCUUGGUGCACCUGCUUGCCUGGGAAUUGAAGCCAGGACCACUUGCGGCCAAAAAGAGAGAGAAAAGAAUCAUACUUCUAGUCUAGGCCAACUGGGCACAAGAAAUGGGUAUGCUGGGCAAAGAAGGAAUGACAUCCAAGAUCAUCAUCAUCAUCUUUUUUCUUGCUCAUGGUGGUUCUUGGCAGACAUGAUGGGCUUUGCCAACUCAUGCUGUCUUUUACUGUUUCAGGAAUUUCCUGACUAUUGAGGAUGUUUUAAAUAUCACUGCUUUCUGAAUGUUGGUAUGGAUGUAUUUUGGUAGGCCCAGUUUCUGAAGGUUUUCUGUAUAGUUUUUUUAUGUGUUGCUGGUGACUGAUGUGACUAAUGGUAUAAUUGUGACCUUUUCCUGUUGUCAUCAUUCUUUAACUUCCAUAGCCAGGGUGUAUAUUUUUCUCUCUUUUCCUCUUCCUUUUUGUCAUUAGGUAUUGCUAUGCCAAUGAGGUAAGUGUGUUUUUCUUUUUUGUCUAUAACUGUUAUGUCUGGUUGGUUGCAGGGUAUUGUUUUGUCUGUAUGAAUUGUUCUGUCCCAGAUUGUUGUUGUUGUUGUUAUUCACAGCCCUGGUCUAUAUGCCCCUUGCCUUGCUCAAACAGUACAACCUGCAAGAGGUAGUAGGAUUUAUGCCAGCAUUCUCCAGCCUCACCUUCCUGAUGUCUUAUAUUGUCCAGAGAGUAGAGCCUAGGCCCACUGUUGACACCCUGUCCUGUAUGUCUCAAGAAGGUGGGACAAAGCCACCCAGCAGUAGAGAAAUUGGCCCAAGUUUGCUUGUGAGAAGCCAUGGGAUUGGCACCUGUAUCCUCCAAGCCUUUUGCACACACAGCUUUGGAUAAAUGAUUAAUUUGAUUUGGCAUAAAGGGGAGGGGGGAAACAGACUUCCAUCCUGCAUUCCACCAUGGGCUUUGAAUCUAUGGAUAUUAUUAGCAUCAUGCUCUGAUCAACUCAUAGGGUUCACAUAUCUUUUGGCUAGACCAUUGGCCUCUGAAUAGCAUGUGCUGGUAGUCAUAUGAAUAAACACCCAGUUUUAUGGAAACUUUGCCCACUGUGUAUUGAAGCACAUUAUCUGAAAUUAACUCAUCACAAAUGCUAUCCUUAGGACAUAUAUUCAUAUAACUUCUUAAAAUUCUUGCAAGUGUUUUUGUAGUUGUGUUGUCUGGUAAGUAGGGUUGUGCACAGCCUCCCCGUCUUGCCAGCUGUUUUGGGGGCUUCGAAACAGCCCUGAUUCAUCUUUGGUCACCAAAUGGUUUGCCCAUCUUGCCUCGAAAUCAAAGCCGAGGUAAGAUUCAGGCCCCCCGAGGUGUUUUGCCUUUGCAGAGUUCCUGGGUGGCGGCCUUCCCGCAGGAAAGCUGGGGGAAGGCCAACUGGGAGUCCAUUGGACUUCCGGCUCCCUACCUGCCUGGUUCUGCUCCCUCCCCCCAAACCUGGAACCACCACCACCACACUACCGCCAGGACUUAUCUUCACAUGCAUCCUCUUCAGAGCCAAGCUGUGAUUUAAAGGAAGACUGUGGGGGCUCUCUAUUUUGAAUAGCUCUAUGGCCGCGAAGACCAAAAAUGGCCCUUUACAGUCACUGUAGUUUGCGACCAUAGAGCUAUUCAAAAUAGAGAGCCCCCACAAUCUUCCUUUAAAUUGCAACUCAGCUCUGAAGACAACAUGCGUGAAGCUAAAUCGCAGAGAUGACCAAGGAGAACGGGGAGGGAGAGGAAGAUGAGUCCGGUGAGUCCAAUGGACUCACGCUGGCUUUUCUGGAUGGGCAGGCAGGCAGGAGGAACAGCCCAGCACACACACCCUGAAUUGGCCUGAGGCUUCAAUGCUGAUCUGUUUCAGCCUCAGGCCAACCCAGUACCACCUUGGAUUCUUACCAAGGGAUACACAGCUCUAUUUGUAAAUAGUGACUAGUAGUCCCAUGCAAGAUAAUCACGUUUGCCAUUAUACUUAAACAGUUCCAUUGCUAGCACUUAUAAUUUUAAUUAAUUACUUGAUUAACUGGUACUUAGCCAAUGUAACAUGCAUGGUACAUCACUGCAAACCACAAUAAAUGACCAGCAAUUGUGCAUCCAGUUUGUAAAUUGCCCUGUUAUUAGCAGAGUACCAUUCCCAGAAGUACUUUGUAAAUCUUCUUUAACAUCUCUCUUGGAAUACUAUCUUCUCUCCUUUGAAUGCCUCUCCAUUUUCUAUAGAUAGGUCAGCUAUGUUAUUCAAGAGCUUCUUGCCUGCCUUGGGAGCAUGUUUGUGCAUGGAUGAUCCUGUCCUUAUGAUUUUCCAAAGUAGAGUUAAUAAAACAUCACUGUUUGUCAUCUUCA